AUGCAUUUCAUUCGCUCUCAGAUUCGCGUCGUAGAAGUAAAUUCGGGCAUCUUCGGGAUCCAGACAGGACUGCUCACCCUGCUAGUCCUGGUCACAGCCAUAAUAGCCAUCUGCCUGACUGUGGCUAUUAUCUGCGUCCGACGACGCUCGAAGCAUCCGCGCCACUGCAAACCGUGCUGCGCCAAGGAGGAUCACACCGACCGCGGUUCAACAGUGAAUCAGAAUUGUGCUCGCAUGACGUAUAUCCUGCCACAGGACCAUCAGAACCACCAGAACACCUUCCUGGAGUACCCCACGCUCACCUCCACCUUCAUGAAACACUCUGCCAUGGGCCCGAAUUAUACCAUAGUAUCGCAGAAGGCACCAACCGCUGGCAGUGUUUGCAGCGGUGAGCACUGUGACGGCUCCUGUCCCAUGGGUGAGAUUGGAGUCGGCGAAUUCUACGCACCCUACCACAAGCAAUCCUCUACGGAGGUCUUUGUGCCUCAGGACAUGACACUCACUCCGGAGCAAAUGAGACUUCUGGAGAGCAGAGUCCAGGAGAUGGGUGAUGGGGGCUCCCGUUCGGGUUCCUAUCUAUCCUUUGUGAAACCGGACCUCUCCGCAGACGAGAAGAACUCGCAGCCUCUCAAGUAUUCAACUUGUUAUCCUUCGGUCCCACAGGCGGGCCAACUGUCACCCUCAGUGCGGUUUCUGGGAUACCCAACGUACAGUGGCUGUGAGGCCAAUUCAGCCCUCCUGAAAUUUCAACAGGUCAGUAAAUUACGUACAUUUUGGUUGUCAGUGUAUCGUCUCUCAAUGAGCAUGCACAAUUGGUUUUGA